AUGUCAACAAAUCAUAGACCACAAUUAGAAAGUAAACGAGGUAAAGUUAUUAAAAUUAAAGAUACCAUUCAACAUGCUAGAGGAUUACCACAACAAACAUCAAUAAAAUAUCGACAAGAUAUCAAGAAUGAAAAAACGAUUAACAAGUUUGAUGAUUUGCAGAAACAUGAUAAUAAUAAGAUUACUAGUCUUGAAAGUAUAAGUCCACCUACUAAGAAACUCAAAAUUGAAUCCACAAAAGAAAUAACGACCGAACCAUUAAAUCAAGAAAUUGAUAAGCAGUCAAAACUACUGUUGAAAAAUGAUGAUCAAUCGGAUAUACAACCCAAUGAAAAACUGGAAUCAGAUGAGGAAGACUCCAAGGAUGAAGAAGAUGAUGAAAGCUCAGAUGAUGAUGAUUCAGAUGAUGAUGAUACUGCUUUACUUUUAAAAGAAAUUGAAAAUAUACGACGAGAAAAGGAAAAGCAAAAUUCAGAUUCAACCAAUAAUUCAAUUAACAAUUCAUUAACUUUACAAACCCAUGAUUCGUCAACGAAAAAGAAAAGUUGGAGACUGUCAACUACUUUUAAUAAUAAAUCUAAAAAAGAAUCAACAAAUGAUAGAAAUAAUAACUAUACGACAGAUACAUUAAAUUCACAGCAUCAUCAAAAAUUCAUGUCCAAAUACAUUCGAUAA